AUGGCGAAUAGUCUUAAACCUACACGACAGAAGCUACACAAGUAUUUCAGAAAGUCGAGGCAUUCUGUCCCCGAGAGCGAGUUCACAGACUGGAAUGCAAAGGACUCAAGCUCGGUUACCAAGAUGGCCAGCAUGCAGAUGGGAACCUUGGCCAAUCCUGAAGUACCCAUCUCGCCCGUCGUUGUCCAAGACUCGCGGUAUAAGCCAUCACUGGUGCCCCCAAUAGUCGACAUCAAACCAAGAUGCGAGCCCAAACACGAACAAAAGUUCGAACUUCACUAUGAGCCCGAACCAUUUGUAUUCGAUUCCUUUCUCGCACCUCCUCAACAGGCGCCGCCGCCUCCACCAUCGAUACGUCAACCAGAUCGACUUCCUCCGUCUCCUCCCCUUCCCGAGUUUCCACAACCGCCAGAACUACCAUCUUUUUUGGAGCCGCCGCAGCCUCGUUUACGACGAGCGCCUUCGGUCAGAAGACCUAGGCCUGCCUCAGGUAUUCGAAGAGCCAAGACCCCGGUUCACAGAAUUGGGCAACUAGAAAUGGCAGCCGCAAAGAAGAGGCAAGAAGCCAUUAUCAACAGACAGUCAAGUGUUCGCACUGUCGCACGACAAUACCGUGCAUUGAUCGACGAGACAAAAGUUCCGGACGUUCCCUCCAUCUCAGCCAUCCACCGCAAGCCCUUGCCUAGCUCUGGGGCGCCGCAGCUACAGCGAUUCGAAAACAGCGACGGGCCUAUUCCACGUCUGUCAAUAAUUGAACCUCGAUCCGGAGGCUUUCUAGAGGAGCCAAGACCUCGAUCCGAAAUAGCCCCAUGGCCCGAAUCAGACGCCGAUACACUGGUGUCAUCCCCGAACAUCUCGCCAUAUGUAAAGCCACUGGAGUUUUCGUCCCCUUCGACGCCACCCGCCGAGGGCGACCAUUACGAGGACGACGACUAUAUUAAAUCGCCAGAUACAGAGACGUUGCAGUUCCAGAUUGGUUUCGAGAUGUUGACUCGGGAGCUAUCCACUGCCUUUGCGGACCAUUCAUCUCGCGCGGGGAGAGACGCGUCUGGUCUCCAGAUUUGGGUCAUGAUUGAGGCAUAUGAGAAACUAAGAGACCAAGUUUCUUCAAUGGAGACGCAGGAUCCUGAACUUCAGAGUGCACGGGCAAUGUUUGAUUCUUGGUUGGCUGCCUUGAGAGCGAUUCAGAAGACGAUUGCGAAUGAGGGGGCGGAGGGUGACAGUGAGUAUGGUGAUGAUGAUGAUGAUGAGUAG